AUGUCUCUCUUCCCUACCUUCCACACUCCUGGCGACUUCGCCCCUCUCUUCCGCCUUCUGGACGACUACGACACCCACCGGUCGUCCAGACAGACUUCCUCUGUGCGCUCCUUUGCGCCCCGCUUUGAUGUUCGCGAGACCAACGAUGCCUACCUUCUGGACGGCGAGCUUCCCGGCAUCGCCCAGAAGGACAUUGACAUUGAGUUCUCCGAUAACGAUACUCUCGUGAUUAAGGGCCGCAGCGAGCGCGAAUACCACUCCGGCACUCCCGAGCAGCCCACCCAGGAGUCUUCUGAGAAGGAGAAUACCGAGAUGGUCAAGUCCAGUGACCAGCAAAAGCAAGUCAGCAGGCAUGAGAAGAAGCAGCACCGCUUCUGGGUGAGCGAGCGCUCUGUCKGCGAGUUCCACCGCACCUUCCAGUUCCCGACUCCUGUCGACCAGGACAGCGUCAAGGCCAGCCUCAAGAACGGCAUUCUGUCCAUCGUUGUGCCGAAGAAGGUCGUCAACACCGGCGCCAGGAAGAUUACCAUCGAGUAA